AUGUUGCACCUCCCCAAAAACUCGGGACCUGUGUUGCCCAGCAAUGUGAUACCGGGAAUCAUCCGACCGACCCAGGAAGGCGAACGUGCCUUCAACCCGUAUUCCCUUUUGCUCCAGGCCAGAAUCAUCUACCUUGGAACCCAGGUAGAUGAUGAUGUUUCCAACUCCAUCGUGUCACUUUUGUUGUAUUUGGGAUGGGAAAACCCCGAAGAAGACAUCCACCUGUACAUUAACUCGCCUGGCGGGUCGGUUCUGGACGGAAUGGCGAUCUACGACACUAUGCAACUUAUCAAACCGGACGUGUCCACCGUUUGCAUCGGCAAAGCGGCCAGCAUGGGAGCUGUUUUGUUGUCCGGUGGAGCGAAAGGCAAACGGUACUGUACACGCAAUUCCACCGUACUUAUUCACCAAGUGAUGGGCGGCAUCCAAGGCUCCGCCUCGGAUAUCGAAAUCACCGCGCAAGAGAUUUUGCGUUUGCGCCAGCGGUUAAAUACCAUCUUGUCUGAGAACUGUAAUCAACCUUUCGAUAAAGUGUCGCGAGAUUCCGACCGGGACUUCUGGAUGGACGCCGAGACUGCCGUGGAAUACGGAAUUAUCGACCAUGUAUUAACCGAACUUCCAGACAUUUUGACUCGAUCCGCCGCUUGA